GCAACAAGAAACCCGGGUGCUGAGCCAAGCGAGGGCCCAGGUCUCUGGGUCAGGGUCCUCCCGACCUCCAAGCAGGACCGUGCAUAGGAGGCAGAAGCUGCUAUAGGAUUGUGCCAUGUGCCACCUGCCAACCCCCAAGAAGAUGGCCAGCCCACGGACCUUCACCUUCCUCUGUGGUUUGCUGGCAGCCAAUCUGGUGGGAGCCACCCUCAGUCCUCCUGCGGUUCUCAGCCUCGGCCCAGAAGUCAUCAAACAAAUGCUGACGCAGAAACUGAAGGAUCACGAUGCUAUCAACACCCUGCAGCAGCUGCCGCUGCUCAGCACCAUGAAGGAGUCGGCCGGGGGCAUAUUCAGCAGGCUGGUGAAGUCCAUCCUGAAGCAUAUCAUCUGGCUGAAAGUCACCUCAGCCAGCAUCCUCCAGCUGCAGGUGCAACCCCUAGAUGAUGGCCGGGAGCUCAUGAUCCACGUUCCCCUGGACAUGGUAGCUGGAUUCAACACGCCCCUGGUCAAGACCAUUGUGGAGCUGCACAUGGAGGUGGAGGCCCAAGCCAUCAUCCACGUGGAGACUGGCGAGAGAGACCACACCCGCCUGGUCCUCAGCGACUGCUCCAACACCCGCGGGAGGCUGCGCAUCAGCCUGCUACAUAAGCUCUCCUUCCUGCUCAACUCCUUAGCUGACAAGGUCAUAAGGCUCCUGGUGCCAGCCCUGCCCAAGCUGGUGAAAAGCGAGCUGUGUCCUGUGAUCAAGGCAGCCUUUGAGGACAUGUAUGCGGACCUCCUGAACCUGACGAAGGUGCCUGUUUCUCUCAACUCUGACCAUCUGGAGUUUGACUUUAUGUCUCCUGCCAUCGACCAUGAUGUUGUUCAUCUCAUCCUGGGGGCCAAGUUGGUGGACUCGGAAGGAAAGGUGACUAAGCUGUUCAAUGACAGUGUGGAUUCCCUGAAUCUGCCCUCCCUACACUAUACCCCUUUCAGCCUCACCAUGAGGAAGGAUGUGGUGAAUGCUGCAGUAGCUGCCUUGCUCCCUCCAGAAGAACUCAUGGUCCUGUUGGACUAUGUGCUUCCUGAGACGGCCCGCAGGCUGAAGUCAAGCAUCAAGGUGAUCAGUGAAAAGGCAGCAAAUCAGCUGGGGCCCACACAAAUCGUGAAGAUCCUGACUCAGGAGAACCCAGAGCUCCUUGUGGACCAGGGCAAUGCCAAGGUGGCCCAACUGAUCAUGCUGGAAGUAUUUGCCACCAAUGAAGCCUACCGCCCCUUCUUCACCCUGGGCAUUGAAGCCACCUCAGAAGCUCAGUUUUACACCAGAGGUGACCUACUUAUGCUCAACUUUAACAAAAUCAGCUCUGAUCGGAUUCACCUGAUGAACUCAGCCAUUGGCCUGUUCAAUCCUGAACUUCUGAAAGACAUCAUCACCAAGAUCCUUGCCUCCGUCCUGCUGCCAAACGAGAACGGCAAAUUAAGAUCCGGGAUCUCAGUGUCAAUGGUGAAUGCCUUGGGAUUUGAGGCAGCUUCGUGGUCUCUGACUGAGGAUGCCCUUGUGGUCACCCCGGCCUCCUCGUAGAACCUCAGACCAUUUCCCUCUCUCCCAGUGAAGACUUGUAUGGCGGCCUUCCAUGCAAGCUGGGUCUCAGUGGGAGUGUGGAAGCCAGCUCUGUAGACUGGCCCUCUCUGCAAUAAAUAAACUUGUCUGUGAUUCCUGCA